AUGGCGAUCGAGUCGCUCAUCACAGAUGCAUCCCUGCGGCCGCUGCUGCAAACAUCACGAGCCACCCUUACACAGACUCUCUCUGCCCUUUCAUGGCUAGGGGAAAACGCUGCGACCGCGAAUCCGUCUUUAGACCUCAAACUCGAUCUAGCAGAACGGCAAAAGAUCCUCCAUGCGUAUCUAUCGAAAUUGCGCGGCCAACAUCGUCAAGCAGCUUUUGGAGCAAGGGCGACGAAACAAGACACAGCGGAGGCCAGACAGGAAGUAGAUCGAUUACUGUUACAACUACAGAACCUCUACUACGAGCAGCGACAUCUUAUGGGUGAGAUAGGAGCUUGCGAGGGAUAUGAUCAUGCAUACACACAUCUACCACUUCUGUCCCUCGAUGAGUAUUUAGCACUAUUUCCCGAUCAAGCAGGAUCAUCGGAACAAGAACUCAUGCCUUUGCGGAUCGAGCACGAGAAGCAAGAGCGAGAGAAGAUGGAGCAAGAGAGACUGGAGCUUGUGAGGAUCAAGGACGGACUGGUGAAGGAAAACACGAGAAAGAAGGACGAACUCAAGAAGAUAGAUGAGAAGCUUGAAGCCAUGAUUGAUGGACUCAACCCCUUGGAGGAAGCACUGCGGAAGGAUGUGUGA